CCCGGAUGUCCGGUAGGAUCUAACACCCUCAUAAUUUCUACACUGUCUUGUUCGUCUCUCUCGUGUCAUGUCAGGGGCUGAUCCUCUUCAAAAAUUUGUAGACGACCGAAAGAAGAAAGUUCCCGGGAGAAAGAUUAUUGAGCCUCCAGGCGGCAAGGGAGAGGAUUUCCUCAGCAGCGAGUGGCUCGAGACGGGCGGUGAACCGACAAAGAAACAGUCACAAGAGGUGAGGAACCGUUCGACUGUCUUCACAUCGGAUGAGGGAGAAACGCAGAAGACACGUGGAGCUGCUGGUCCUCCACCUGGUGGGCACAGUCAUGGGAUAUUUGGUGGAGAGGAGAGGGAGACGGUGAGGACGAGUACGAAGGUAAUAUGUAGACCUGGUGGAGAAACACACAAUAUAUUUGGAGUCGACGAAGACGACGAAGAUGACAAGAAACGAGGAAAGAAAAUACCGACGAGUCCACCAUCACACAACAUAUUCAGCGGAGCAGAAGAGACAACAAGCAAACCCACCAGACCAUCACCCAGUGGAAACUCUUUCUUAACAUUCGGAAGCAGCAACACAGAAGUAGCAACCAAGACGAGUGACAGUGGCAUCUUUGGUGGAUCAAAACCCAACACACCGAGAAACAGCAGUCGAGUGUUGAAGCCGCCUGGUGGAGGGUCGAGUGGUAUUUUUGGAUAAAGCAGUAGACGGUGAAGAAAGCAAGAGAUAAGAGUAGUAAGAUGCUGUUGUCGUAUUUUUGAUCAAACUUCUCAUGGCAACACAAAGUCAUGAAAUAUUUUAUGGACGUAAUGCACGACAUCGAAUGUCUCAGUCAGGAAAAUAUGCGAAAUUUUUUGUCUGUGGCUGACAUGUUGGCUUGCUGUGCUCUCGUAAUCAAAUGUCUUUAGUCUGGUUUA